AUGCAGACCACAAUCAAGUCCUCGGUCCUGGCUUUCCUCGCCGCUGGCGGUGUAGUGACCGCGACCCCCAUCCUCUCUUCAAGGCAAGCCAACGUCAUCACGGGUGCCUUCACGCCCAUCAGCGGCGCCUUUGUCAACAUGGACACUUCCGCCAAGGCCCUGACGGCACAAGACAGCCGCACUGUGACGGUGGUGCUCCAGAACGGUGCCGUUGCCCUGCAGGCCAUGAACGACGCCGCCAACACGGUGCGCACGUCGACCGAGCUGCGCGCCUUGGAGAGCCGCCAAGUCAUCGACUCGACCACAAACAUGAACGCCCAGAUGUCCACCUUCAUCACCGACAUCGUGGCCCAGAAGUUGAUCCUCGACCAGUUCGGCGCCAGCCCCACCGUCGUCAACAUGCUGACCCAGCAAAAGGCCGCCAACGUCGCCCUCAACGACGCCAUCAUUGCAAAGUUCCCCAACAACCGUCUUCAGCGCGACCAGGCCAGGGACAGCAUCAACAAGAUCAACGCCGUCUUCGACCAGGGCAUCGAGAGCCUGAACGCCGGCUCCGCUCAGCCCUUCACCCCGCCCCCGGCUGCCUCGCCUGCCCCUGGCGCUCCGGCUCCCGCCCCUGCUGCGCCCGCACCGGCACCGGCUGCUCCGGCUCCCGCCGCCCCUGCCCCGGCUCCCGCUGCUCCCGCUCCUGCCCCCGCUGCCCCGGCACCAGCGGCACCUGCACCUGCUGCUCCGGCGCCGGCUGCACCCGCCCCUGCCGCACCCGCCCCGGCCGCCCCUGCUCCCGCCGCCCCUGCUGCUCCGGCACCGGCACCGGCUGCACCUGCGCCCGCUGCCCCGGCUGCUCCCACCGGAUCUCCGGCUCCUUUCACGCCCGCCAACCCGCUCGCCAGCGUUGCUCCCUUCAUCGCGCCCCCUGCGGCCUCGGGCACCCCUAUCCCAUUCACACAGCCCAAAUAA